AUGGGCAAACGAGGAGGCAAGAAGGGUUCCCGUGGAGGCCGUGGAGGCGGCGGCGCAACUCGCACGCGCUCCCAGUGGAAUGACAUCGCCAAGGACAAUGAGAAGUUCGAGCGGUAUUACAAUGAGCCCGAGUUCCUCCCAGAAGAGGAGAGAGAACUUUUCUGGGCGACGAUGCGCAAGGAUCUCCCCAACAGUUUCCGUUUCACUGGUUCUCGAGGACAUGCUCUCGCUGUCCAGCAGCGCCUCAAGGACCAUCAUAUCCCCGAAAUCACCUCCAUCAAAUACGAGAACGAGUUCGUCGAGCCACCGCGCCCAGUCUCGUGGUACCCCGAUCAGCUCGCAUGGUCCAUGACCACUCCCAAGAACGUCAUUCGACGAUUUGCACCCUUCUCUUCUUUCCAAAAGUUCCUCGUCGCCGAGACAGACGUUGGAAACAUCAGUCGCCAAGAGGUCGUUAGCAUGAUCCCUCCUCUCCUCAUCGACGCUAGACCUGGCAUGACCGUCCUUGAUAUGUGUGCCGCCCCUGGUAGCAAGUCCGCGCAGCUUAUGGAGUUGCUUCACGCCGGCGAAGAAGAUGCUAUUGCUCAGGUCACAGAGCAGGUCAACAAUGGCAACGCUGGUCCCGAGCCUCUUGGUCCCGAAGGAUUGAAUGACGACGGUCGCAGCACCGGCUUGCUGAUCGCCAACGACAGCGACUACAAGCGCGCUCACAUGCUUAUCCACCAAAUGAAACGCUUGAGCUCACCUAAUCUGAUUGUUACAAACCAUGACGCCACUAUGUUCCCCUCCAUCAAGCUUCCCGCUCUGCCUACUGAAGAUGGUAGCAAGCCUAAGAACAGAUAUCUGAAGUUUGACCGUAUCCUGGCAGACGUUCCCUGCUCCGGUGAUGGUACUGCCCGCAAGAACGUCGGUGUGUGGAAGGAAUGGACUCCCGGAAAUGCUCUCGGUCUCUACAGCAUCCAGUCUCGAAUCCUGGUCCGUGCUCUGCAGAUGCUCAAGGUUGGUGGCCGUGUUGUCUACUCAACCUGUAGUCUGAACCCCGUCGAGAACGAGGCCAUUGUCGCUACCGCCAUCGAGCGUUGCGGUGGUGCAGCCAAUGUCAAGAUCGUUGAUUGUAGCCAAGAGCUCACCGGUCUGAAGAGAGCUGCCGGUCUCCGCAACUGGAAGGUCAUGGAUCGCGAGGGCCGCCUGUGGAGCGACUGGGAUGAGGUCAACGCCCACCGUAACCAGGAGGGCAUCAAUGGUCUUGCCAGACUUGCCGAGGGCAUGUUCGCACCUACUGGUGAGGCUGCCGAUCUGCCUCUGGACCGCUGCAUGCGUGUCUACCCCCACCAACAGGACACUGGCGGUUUCUUCAUCACUGUCCUUGAAAAGACAUCCGAGAUCCGUGCCAAGCCCGAAAGCAGCAACGUCAUCCCCAAGGCGUCUGUUGCAGCUCUUGCCGCCGAGCUUGACUCCAAGAAGAACGAGGCCGAAGGACAACCCCUUGAGAAGCUUGAGUCACUGGACGAGCUUGUCACUCCCGACCAAGAGGCCGAAGCCGAGAUUGCCAAGAAUGCAACCGUUGCUGAGGCCGCCCACCAACCUACCUACGCUGCUACCCUUGAUGAGUCGGCUCCUGUCUCUCUCCCUAAGCGCGACGCAAGCGAUCUGGACGAAGAGAUCCCUGCUAAGCGCACCAAGCUUGAUGAUGGUAGCGAGGUUCUUGUCGGCGACCGACCUAUUCACACCCCCGCACCCGCUGUAGGUACCGGCAUUGAGACCCCGGUUGACAGCACACCUACUACCUCCGCAGCUCCGUCACAGCUGAAGAAGAAGGGUCCCCGUCAAGAAGAGCCCUUUAAGUACCUCGAUCCUAACCACGAGGAGCUUGGCCCUAUCUUUGAUUUCUACAAGCUGUCAGACCGCUUCCCUCGUGACCGUUUCAUGGUCCGCAACGCCGAGGGUCUUCCUACUCGUACUGUUUACUACACCAGUGCCCUGGCACGUGAUAUCCUUGUCUCCAACGAAGGACAGGGUAUGAAGUUCGUCCACUGCGGUGUGAAGAUGUUUGUCAAGCAAGACGCCCAGCGUGAGAACGUCUGCAGAUGGCGUGUCCAGACUGAUGGCUUGAAGAUUGUUGAGCCUUGGUUGGGUUCUGAGCGCUCGGUCGUCCUGACUCAACGGGAGACCCUGCGCCGUCUCCUCGUCGAGAUGUUCCCCAAGGUGUCGGAUGAUGGUUGGAAGUCUCUGGGCGAGAUCGGUGAGCGUGUCAAGGACAUCCCGAUGGGCUGCAGUAUUCUUCGCGUCGAGCCUACCGGAAAGGAAGACGGUGUGACCGAACGCAUGGUGCUGCCUCUCUGGCGCUCCCUCCACUCUCUCAACCUGAUGCUACCCAAGGAAGAGCGUCGCGCCAUGUUGCUGCGGAUUUUCAACGACUCUACCCCGCUCAUCAACACCACCUUCAAGAAGGAUGCGGAGGUAGAACCGACCGCCGAGGCUGAGGAAGUGGCAUUGGAGCAGGAGAACCUGGAGCUCGGGCAAGAUGCCCAGGAUGCGGUGGACGAGCAGGAGACCUACACCAAGGACGGUGACGAGGAGGAUCGCUUCAACACCACCGUCUAG